AACGGAUAAAACCUUGUUUUAACCCGGAAAAGAUAUCUUGGCACGGCAGCUGUCCCGAUACAGCUUCUCAGUGCCGAGAUAUCGGGUAAAAUGGCUUCACGCCUGAGCCGAAUCUGGCCCGCUCUGUCCCGGGUUCGCUUGAGCUCGGCGCUCGGGUGUCGCUGUGUGUCGCAGACGUCGAAAUCAAGCGCAGCCUUGGCGUCCGAUCUGCAACCCGUGUCGCCCGCUGCUCAGGACAGUCAUGGACAUGCAGAGGUCAGCCCGUUUGAGAAGAAUCCAGAUUUCCAUGGCUUCCAUCAUCAGGACUCGUUUGUGGAUGAAUGGAACAUGAGGUUGGCAUUUUUCUUUGGCAUCUCAGUGGCCAUUGUUAUCGGAGGCACAUUCAUCCAUUACUUACCAGAUCACGGUAUGAGGCAGUGGGCUCGCCGGGAAGCUGAGAGGUUGAUCAAACAGAGGGAGGCUGACGGUCUUCCGAUUAUGACUGAAAACUAUUACGACCCCAGCAAGAUUGUUCUCCCCACAUCUGGAGAAGAGUAGACAAUAUUUUGUCAAUAAAUAUCCUGUUAAUUUGUGUUUUAUUGUACAUUUGAUUCUCCACAGCUGUUAUAAUAAAAUUAUAUAUGUUAUAACAUGUUAUGUGGUAUUUUCAAAUGGUAAUUGGUACGUAUAAACUUGCUGAAACAGCAGGAACCGGUAGAAUUAACUUUUUUGUUUGCAAAAAUAUGGGCAAAAUAAAGUUUGGUGUUUUGUGUACAGAAUGCUUUAGUGUUUUUUUUUAUUUGUAUGUCAGUUCAUAGCAUUAAAAGGCCUGUUUCAGCAAACAAGGAUUGUACUUUCAAUAGCAUGUAAGAGUAAAUACUACAAACAGAGCCAAAGUAUUUGUAUGCCGUACUAAAAGACUGAAAAGAAUUGUACAGUGCUGCAGUAAAAGUACUAGAGAAUUUGCUGACUUGUGAUGCAAUUUUAGGCAUAUAAAAACAGUAUUGGUUGAUAUACUGUACAUGUCCUUUAACAGCUUUGAUUUCAUGAAAAUUACAUUUUAAGCAGGAUUUGUGUAUUUGUGCAUUUUGAUGUAUGUCAGUGUAAUUAUGAUGAUGUAUAAAAUGUAAUGUGAUUUCCAAAGACUUUUGCCACAAAAUCUAAAAAGUGUGUUACAAAGCAAUAGUGACAUAUGACAUCAACAUUUGUCCAGAUUGACAAUAUGCAUUAUAAAAGCUCAAAAACUAUAGCUAAGUGUAUAUGGACCAGUCAGGAACAAAUAAUUUCUCAUGUUCAUCUUUGUGCUGACUUUCUGGUCCUUUUUUUGUAUAAUGUGAAUUAAAAAUAUUCACCAGUA